AUGCAUCGCUCAGGUUACCUUACGAAACAGCACUUGCCGGAGUUGCAACAAGCUGAGCUACCAUCACCAGCGGCCAAUGGAAGGUGCUGUUCCACUUUCUACCAGGUCACCAGUCCAUUGAUCUUCGUUCUUCGACUUUUUGGAGGAUUCCCAUAUACUGUUCGCAAAGAUCGACUUCACGUCACUCUAUGUUCUUGGUGGGUUUAUUACUCGCUAGUAGUAAUGAUAUUCCAGAAUGUGCUUCUUUUUUUGACAACGCAUCAUAUAUAUUUUGGAGAUGACAAUGCUUUUGACGCUAAGCUAUUCGACAUCAUCAGUAUAAUAAUUAUGAUAUAUCAGGCUUCUGGCCCUCUCACAUUUUGGUUCGAAUUACCUGCCAUUACCAGGUACUAUACUAAGUGGCACACAUUCGAGAAUGAUCUUCACCUGUGCAACAUUAAAUUGGACGGACGACUGAAGAAGUGGGUGUUUCUAUCUAUGCUUCCUUCAAUACCAUAUGUAUUCAUAGCGGCUUACUUUCAAUCAGUGAUCCACGGUAACCUCCUGCAUAUGCCUUCUUUGGUCUUCCUUCACAUCCACAAUGCCUUACACGUGUCAUUUUGGUUUAUUAGUGGAUUAUUCAUCCAUUCAACAGCUUUCAGGAUCAUGGUGCGAAUAAAGAAAGUAGCAGAGGACCGAGACCCCGUUGAAAUCGCUGCUUGCCGCAGGAUCUGGCUCAGCCUGGCCGAGUUGACCGCUGACCUGGGGAACGCACUUGGACCGACACUGAUGGAGGUUUUACUCUUCUCGAGUACUGUCCUUAUUGUUGGAUGCUACUUCGUAAUGUUCUUCUUCCGUUCGCCAGGCCAGGAAGGAAAGAAAAAUAAGAGCGAUAUUAAUGAAUUGAAAAUCUUCCAGGUUGGUUCUGACCUACUUCAAGAAUUGCUGCGUUUGAACACAUCGCCCCAAGAAAAGCAACUCUAUAGAGAGGAUUGA